AUGGAUGACGCAUACCCGUUCGAAGCCACGCAUCCGACUGCCGGGUAUCUCUUCGCUGAGGAUCUUGAUAUUCACCUCUUGGCAAUGGACGAUUUUCACUCAACACUACUUCAAGACUUUCCAGUAGAAAACUCGUCUAGUUUAAAUCUUCCUACAACUUCAAAGGACUGUGUCUCACCUAGCUCGCAUUCAUCCGUGGUCUAUCUACCUCCAUGCGAAGGGUUUGCCGAAGACUAUCCUCCAUUGAUGAAGCAGGAGAUUCCUGUCUUGACACCCUCUAACGAUAACGUUUUCGUUAAGCCGAAGCAUACACGCUACCUGUCCGAGAAUACCUUCUCGCAACCGUUACCGGUGUACGUCAUCCAUGAUGACACAAUCAGCGACGAUGAGGACAAGGAGCGACUUCGACGUCGUCAACGUGGGUACGAGAAACGCUACCGAGGACGCAAAAGACGUGACCUCAAAGUACAGCGGGACAUGUGGCUGGCCCUCGAGAUGAAGUUGGACGACACCCGCAAGAAGUUCUGCAGACCUUAUGUCCGCACCGAGGCUGGGAAUCACGACACGUUGCGCUGUAAAUUGCUGCUACUAAAGCUCGAGGAGCGUGCGCUCCGACAGGAUCAAAUUGCCAUGCGGUCACUUCAGGCGUGGGAAAAGAUCUCGCGCAUCCGUGAGUACUCUGACAAAAAUCAGUUGCGUACGACCAGCGAGUGGCGGCACAGCGCCGACAAGGUCAUUGGUCGUUGUGCUGUGCUUGGCCCUCGUCAGUUCCACCCCUAUGCACCAAUUCAGCAGCGCCACUUUAGUUGGUGA